CUUCCUAGCUCCUCCUUCCUCCCCACUCCCUUGAGAGACCCGUAAGUGGGUGCACAGCACUCUGCAAGACUCACUCUGCGCUUCACCAUGGCCUACAUCGCCAAGUCUUUCUAUGACCUUAGUGCCAUCAGCCUGGAUGGCGAGAAGGUGGAUUUCAACACCUUCCGAGGCAGGGCAGUGCUCAUUGAGAACGUGGCCUCUCUCUGAGGCACUACCACCCGGGACUUCACCCAACUCAACGACCUGCAAUGCCGCUUUCCCAGGCGCCUGGUGGUUCUUGGUUUCCCUUGCAACCAAUUUGGACAUCAGGAGAACUGUCAGAAUGAGGAGAUCCUGAACAGUCUCAAGUACGUCCGCCCAGGGGGUGGAUACCAGCCCACCUUUACUCUUCUCCAAAAGUGUGAGGUGAAUGGGCAGAACGAGCAUCCUGUCUUCGCCUACCUGAAGGACAAGCUGCCCUACCCGCAUGAUGACCCUUUUUCCCUCAUGACCGAUCCCAAGUUCAUCAUUUGGAGUCCAGUGCGUCGCUCAGAUGUGUCCUGGAACUUUGAGAAGUUCCUCAUAGGGCCGGAGGGGGAGCCCUUCCGACGCUACAGCCGCACCUUCCCCACCAUCAACAUCGAGCCGGACAUCAAGCGCCUCCUCAAAGUUGCCAUAUAGACGGGAGCUGCUCCGCACACCAUCUCCUGCUCUGUCCUGUCCCUGAGUAUUCUUCCCCAGGAUGCAGUGUCCCCUUGGGAGCCACUGCUGGACCGAAGCCUUCCCUCCAUGACACCCCUUCAUUGAAGAGCCCAGCCUCUCCCAUCUGCCUCUUUCCUUUUCCUCUCUCAACCCUCUGGAGACCAACUUGGGGCUCUAAGACUGGGCAGGCUUUGGGCCUUCACAGAAUGAUGGCACCUUCCUAAAUCCUUAUGGGUGGUGUCUGAGAAGUGUGAAGGGCCCAGGGCCAGCCUGCGGGAUGAGUCCAAUAAAGGGCUGAUGUAGAAAUGGC